CCUCGCAUGUAUGACGAAGAUGGCGAAAGAGUGUAUGUUAUUCGAGCACUACUGGACCAGCGUCGCCAAGGUGGACGCAAGCAGUACCUCUGCUCAUGGGUGGAUCUGCCUGAAAGCGAGAACUCUUGGGAGUUCGAAGAUGAAAUCAACCAUGUCAGCCACUGGGACGCACUGCUGAAGGAUCUCAAGAAUAAGCAGCGCCGUGCUCCGCCGACCCGCAGACGCAGAUAA